UGCUUUUGCCUCUUUCUUCUUCCGCACCACUGGGGUUUCCGCUUCCCUCCCAGGAGCGGGGCGAGAGGGAGGCAUACCUCCGGCCUGCGCCUCCGCCAUGUGGCCCCCCGACCCCGAACCGGACCCAGAGCCCGCGGGCGACCCCCGGGCCGGCGCCGCGGUCCCCGGGCUCCGCGCGCUGCUGCCGGCGCGCGCCUUCCUCUGCUCGCUCAAAGGCCGCCUCCUGCUGGCCGAGUCGGGUCUCUCGUUCAUCACUUUCAUCUGCUAUGUGGUGUCCUCGGCAUCUGCCUUCCUCACAGUGCCUCUGCUGGAGUUCCUGCUGGCCCUGUACUUCCUCUUCGCUGAUGCCAUGCAGCUGAAUGACAAGUGGCAGGGCUUAUGCUGGCCCAUGAUGGACUUCCUGCGAUGUGUCACUGCUGCCCUCAUCUACUUUGUCAUCUCCAUCACUGCUGUCGCCAAGUACUCUGAUGGGUCUUACAAAGCAGCCGGGGUGUUUGGCUUCUUAGCCACCAUUGUGUUUGCAAUUGACUUCUAUCUGAUCUUCAACCACGUGGCCAAAUUCCUCAAGCAAGGGGACUCUGCUGGUGCAGAUGAAACCACAACCCACAGGGCGGAAGAGGACAAUUCUGACUCCGACUCCGACUGAGAGCUUGCUUGCCCAGCAACCUGAGCCACCUGGGGCUUUGGCACCUGCACCUUCCUGACACAGCUGCUGGAGGCCUGGCCAGGGACACAGCCCGAAGAUUCAAUCCUGUGUCCAACAUUCAAGACUGUACCCCUGGCUUGGCACAGCUAAACCACGCCGCGGGCCAGGACAUCUUGGGUGCUCAACCUUCUCCCCUUCUCUGUCACACAGACCUUAAGCCCUUUAUGCCUGCUGCCAAGAUCAAGCCCAGGAAGACACAAGAGCAGGCUGCUGGUAUCCGGCCUGCUACACCAGUUUGUGCUGCAGGGUGGGGGGCACCUAUGUCUCACUGACAGCCACCCCCCUCGUGGUCUCUGCACAGGUGCCACUGCUUCUGCUGGCAUUUUUUGAGAACACUUCUAGAAGGGAGAAACCGACCUUGACCUUAACGGGCAUGGGUCUUGGCACCCAUACCUGACACCACACUCCAGAAAAUGCACCUUCCUCAGGUGAGAUGACUAAUCUGGGUCUAAGACUGUUUCAGAGAAGAGUUCAUAGCCUUGCUGUGUAGGAUCAGCAGACAGAGGGAGCUGGUCAGGGGCCAUGGCUCGGCAGCUGGGCGGGCCCAGCGAAACCCUCUCUUCCUGGAGGCCAUUGCUUCCUUGGCUAUACCAGAGCAAUUCUCUGACCACCUCCUGAGAAAUGAGAUGAGCCUUCCACAUCCACCUAAGGACUUAUAUUUUUUAUGUAUCUUUGAUGGGUUCUGUAGCUUUUUAUAUUCUUCUUUAUAUAUACAAAAACAGCUUAACAGAUGAUAUUUUCUGUGACCUAAGGGCCCUGUGAAUGAGCCAGAAUUCUGGGCCUGUUUUGGGCAUUUGUUACUUUAUUCUAUUCUUGCAUGUGACUCUCCUACCCUGAAAAAGCCAUAAUGGAUUAAACCAGACUGACUACCUACCUGAAGUGUCUGAUUGCAAGAACCUUCUAACACCCACAGCAGUAGCGUGCAGGACCACGUCACAGUUGUAGUGACAUGCGGAGGGUCCCAACAGCCUUUAGUUUCAGCAGCAAGGCAGUCACACUUCCUGUAUGCCUGGGACUAGAGUAAGCACCUAAUCAGUACUGAUUCUUUUAUUUAAUCCUGCAGUCAAGGAAACAGGAACAGUAAGUGACCAGCCCAGGGCCCUCUCCUUUGCAAAUCAGGACCAUGUCCCACGGCAACCAGAACCUAGAGCUUUUGUGGUUUGGAAAUUAGCUGUACAAGAAACUUCAAGGCUGCAGGCUAGGAGAACCCUGCUCAGUGUUCUGGCUUAGGAGAGAUGGGAAGAGGCAAGUCCUUCCCAAAAGGUGCACAGAGCUGAGAACAUUAAAGCUGAAUGGAGAACCAAGAGGGCUCAGGGCCGAGUUUCACAGCUACCUCGUGAGCCCAGCAGAGCAGGCAUCCUUGACACCGCAGUGUAGUCUGCGGCUCUUGCGAUAUUCCACAAAGCAAGCCUGUUUCAGGACCUGGGUCCAUAGCCUUUGUAGGGGACAGUGAAGGUGAGGCAGCGAAGAGAGCAAUAAUAUUUUUACAUGUCCAUUUAUUAAACAAGAAAUCCUUCAUGACAAUUUAAUACAAUAUUUAUUAGCGAUUAGUGUUGAGAAAAUUAUUUCCCUCUACAUACAAAAAUACAGAUUUAACACUAUGAAAACAAUCAAGACAAGUACCAUGAAAAAUUGACCCUUCAAGAGAAAUAAAGGGGAAGACUGAGGGCAGUAUGAGGCUUUGCCUGCUGUCAGGGAAAAAUCAACAGGAGCAAACACGUUGGGGUCCCCGUCCCAAAUGUACAGGCCAAGCCUGAGAGCCUGUCAGAGCGGGAGGAGGCCUGAGACAGAGCGGCACAGCAGGGUGAGGCCCGGCAUGGGAGCUCUGCCCCACGAAGUGCACAAGCAGAAGCUUGCCCAAUGCCCAUCGCCUCAGAGUGCCCACAGCUGUGUCUCUGAACCGCCAAAAAAACAGAUUUCUCAGACACAAGGUGAGGCAAUUCUUAAUACCACCCUAAAAAGUGCCACUGGAUAAAGUCCCAAUGAGUGAGCCUAUCAGAAAAUUACGAUUUAGCUGUCUGACUGCACUUCCUUUGUUAUCACAGAAUUACAUGUUGACUUCAGAAGGACAAAAA